UGUUGGCAGAAGGAGGUGGGGGAGGAGGAUGCUGCGCUCAAACCUUGGUGCGUUCUUGCCACCUCUACGGCCGGCGCAUGGUGCCUCUGACUCAGAGCCACCUUUCACUUGCAUUCGCCUGAAGGAAUUAAAAAGGGAAAGGGGUGGCCAGAUUACACAGGACAUCAGGACUUCUCACACCAGGAUCCCCAGAACAAGCAGCAGCAGAAGGAGAGUAGAACACAGCAACUGCCCCUCAUCUUUUGUGGAAACUAUUACCUCAGACGUCACCGCCUCCUCUGGUUUCCUUGACACUUCUCCCUUUUCAGCUCCAAGAUCCAUGUGGCAAGAAGCAAUUAGAAAGAAGCGGUACCUCCUGGACCGGGCUGAGGGGUCUGGUGGGGGAGAUAAGGGAGGUCAGGAGAGGAGGAGCACAUCCCGGGACUGGUUGUAUGAAUCGUACUACUGUAUGAGCCAGCAGCAUCCGUUGAUUGUGUUCCUGCUGCUCAUAGUGAUGGGAGCAUGUCUGGCUCUGCUUACUGUAUUCUUUGCGUCAGGACUGAACGUUGAGGACCAUGUGGCCUUUGUAAUCACAGUGCCCACAGCGUUGGCGAUCUUCCUGACUGUAUUUGUUUUGGUCUGCAUUGAAUCAAUUUUCAAGAAGCUUCUACGGGUUUUCUCCCUUGUCAUCUGGGCCUGCUUGGUUGCGAUGGGUUACCUUUUUAUGUUUUCCGGUGGGAUCGUCUGUCCAUGGGACCAGGUGUCCUUCUUUUUGUUCAUUGUGUUUGUGGUUUAUACGAUGCUGCCAUUCUCCAUGCGGGACGCCAUCAUCGCCAGUGUUCUCACUUCUGCAUCACACACUGCUGUGUUGAGUGUCUGCUUGUCCAAUACAGCAGAUCACAUGGAACCUGUAGUGUGGCAGAUUUUGGCCAAUAUCAUCAUUUUCAUGUGUGGCAACAUGGCAGGGGCAUACCACAAACACCUGAUGGAGUUGGCACUUAAGCAGACAUAUCAGGAUACCUGCAACUGCAUCAAAUCCCCCAUAAAACUGGAAUUUGAAAAGAGACAGCAGGAGCGUCUGUUGUUAUCGCUGCUGCCAGCACAUAUAGCUCGUGUGAUGAAAGCAGAGAUCAUUCAGAGACUAAAAGGACCAAAUUUUGGUCAGAUGGAGAACACAAACAAUUUUCAUAACCUCUAUGUCCAGAGACAUACGAAUGUCAGCAUACUCUAUGCCGACAUAGUUGGAUUCACACGCCUUGCCAGUGACUGCUCACCUGGCGAACUGGUUCACAUGCUAAAUGAAUUGUUUGGCAAAUUUGACCAGAUUGCCAAGGAAAAUGAAUGUAUGCGGAUAAAAAUCCUUGGUGAUUGUUACUAUUGCGUAUCUGGCCUACCAGAAUCGCUACCAAAUCAUGCCAAGAACUGUGUCAAGAUGGGGCUGGACAUGUGUGAGGCCAUCAAGAAAGUGCGUGAUGCCACAGGGGUUGACAUCAAUAUGCGUGUUGGCGUGCAUUCAGGAAACGUUCUGUGUGGGGUCAUUGGACUUCAGAAAUGGCAGUAUGAUGUUUGGUCACAUGAUGUCACGCUGGCCAACCACAUGGAAGCAGGAGGUGUACCAGGGCGAGUCCACAUUACAUCAGAGACACUGGAGCACCUAAAUGCAGCCUAUAAAGUAGAAGAUGGGGAUGGACAAGAGAGAGACCCUUAUCUUAAAGAGCAUGGGGUUGUCACAUAUUUGGUCAUUAACCCAAAGGUGGAACGUCGCAGCCCGCAGCAUCACUACAGGCCGAGACACACUCUUGAUGGAGCAAAGAUGAGAGCCUCUGUCAGGAUGACCCGCUAUCUGGAGUCUUGGGGGGCAGCCAAGCCUUUCGCUAAUCUGCACCACAGGGACAGUAUGACAAAUGAGAACGGAAAGAUCAACACAGCCGAUGUGCCAAUGGGGCAGUAUCAUUUCCAGAGAUCUGAAAGGACCAAGUCUCAGAAGAAGCGAUUUGAGGAGGAACUUAAUGAGAGGAUGAUCAGGACCUUUGAUGGCAUUAAUUCACAAAAGCAGUGGCUCAAGUCUGAGGACAUCCAAAGAAUAUCAUUGUUUUUUCACAAUAAAUCGCUGGAAAAGGAGUACAGAACGACAAUCCUGCCAGCCUUCAAAUACUACGUCACCUGCGCCUGUCUUAUAUUUUCCUGCAUUUUCAUUGUGCAGAUACUCGUCUUACCAAAGACAGCAAUCUUGGGAAUAUCUUUUGGUUUGGCAUUCUUUUUCCUCUCCUUGAUUGUCUUCAUAUGUUUCAUUGGGCACUUCAUGCACUGCAGCAAAAGCGGCCCCACUUCAUGGAUGUGGCUGCUAAGGUCUUCAUUCAUUAUUGCCAACAAGCCAUUAGCCCGGAUCACACUCACCUUGACAACCACAGCUCUCAUACUCACUAUGGCAGUAUUUAACAUGUUCUUUUUGGAAGACACUCCAUUGCCUCCAAUUUCUGAAUACAAUUCCUCCAAUGAAACGCAGCUUUCCCCAGACGCAGCUGCUCUCAUAGGAAAAAACAACUUCUACCUUCCUUAUUUAAUUUACAGCUGCAUUCUGGGCCUGAUUUCUUGCUCUGUGUUCCUGAGGAUAAACUAUGAGUUGAAAAUGUUAACCAUGUUGACAGCUGUGGUGGUUUACAACAUCAUUAUUCUCCAAACACAUGCAUCCCUGUUGGAUGAAUAUAGCCGAUUCCUGUACAGAUCUGAAAGCCUAGACAGACCAGGAGUCCUCAAAGAUCUGAAGACUAUGGGUUCUAUUUCACUCUUCAUCUUUUUCAUCACUCUACUCGUGCUUGCUCGGCAGAAUGAAUAUUACUGUAGGUUAGACUUUCUGUGGAAGAACAAGUUCAAGAAGGAGUGCGAGGAAAUCGAAACUAUGGAAAAUCUCAACCGUGUCUUGCUGGAGAAUGUCUUGCCCGCACAUGUUGCUGAGCACUUCCUGGCACGGAACUGGAAGAAUGAGGAUCUUUACCACCAGUCUUAUGAUCUGGUAUGCGUCAUGUUUGCCUCCAUUCCAGACUUUAAAGAGUUUUACACAGAAUCUGAUGUCAACAAGGAAGGAUUAGAGUGUCUCCGGCUUCUCAAUGAGAUUAUUGCCGAUUUUGAUGAGCUAUUGUCGAAGCCAAAGUUCAGUGGUGUGGAAAAGAUCAAAACUAUUGGGAGUACAUACAUGGCUGCUACAGGGCUCAACGCCUCACCUGGACUGGAGUAUUCAUCUCAGGAACAUGACAGGCAGUACAUGCACAUUGGGACAAUGGUGGAGUUCGCAUUUGCUUUAGUUGGGAAGCUUGAUGUCAUCAACAGACACUCCUUCAAUGACUUCAAACUCAGAGUUGGAAUCAACCAUGGCCCGGUGAUUGCUGGAGUUAUUGGAGCACAGAAACCACAGUAUGAUAUAUGGGGAAACACUGUGAAUGUAGCCAGUCGAAUGGACAGUACAGGGAUACUGGGAAAAAUACAGGUGACAGAGGAAACCAGCCGCAUCCUUCUAACACUGGGCUACAUGUGCUCCUGUCGAGGCAUCAUUAACGUCAAGGGCAAAGGAGAGCUCAAAACUUACUUUGUUCACACAGAAAUGACCCGCUCACUGUCUCAAGGGAAUUUGGUGCCAUGAGACUUGAGUUAUACUGUUGUUAUACUGAUAUCAGGUUGGAGAUUUUUUUAGUGGCAGUGAAAGCAUUUGUAUUUGCAUAUUGUAUAAUAAUAAAAAAAAAGAAAGUUUAUGUUGCCUUGCCACAGUUGUAGUAUAUAUUUGUCACUUAUCUACGUGUAGCAUGUACAGCAAGUAGGAAAUAAAAAACAUCUACAGUGAUGUGACAAAGUAUCUGAACCUUUUGAAAUUUCUCACAUUUCUGCAUAAAAUUACCAUCAAAUGUGAUCUGAUCUUUGUCAAAAUAACUGUCUGCUUUAACUAAAACCACCCAAACAUUUAUGGGUUUUCGUACUUUAAUGAGGAUAGCAUGCAAACAAUGACAGAAGGUGGAAAAAUAAGUUAGUGAACCUUCACAUUUAGUAUUUUGUGGCCCCUCUUUGGCAGCAAUAACUACAACCAGACGCUUCCUGUAGCUGCAGAUCAGUCUGGCUCAUCGAUCAGGACUAAUAUUAGCCCAUUCUUUUCUACAAAACUGCUGUAUUUCAGUCAGAUUCCUGUGAUGUCUGGCGUGAAUCACUGUCUUCAAGUCAUGCCACAACAUCUCAAUGGGGUUCAUGUCUGGACUUUGACCUGGCCGCUCAUGAAUGAGUAUUUUGUUCUUCUAAAACCAUUCUGAAGUUGAUUUACUUCUUUCUUUUGGAUCGUUGUCUUUUUGCAGCACCCAUCCUCUUUUUAGCUUCAACUGUCUGACAGAUGGCCUCAAGUUUUCCAGCAAAACAUUCUGACAAACUUUGGAGGUCAUUCUUCCAAUAAGGAUUGCAAGUGGUCUAGGCCCUGAGACAGCAAAACAGCCCCAAAUCAUGAAACUCCCUCCACCAUGCUUCACAGUGGGGAUGAGGUGUUGAUGUUGGUGAGCUGUUACAUUUUUCCCCCACACAUGACGUUGUGUGUUAUUCCCAAACAAUUCAACUUUGGUUUCAUCAGUCAACAAAAUAUAUUGACACAACUUCUGUGGAGUGUCCAUGUGCUUUUUUGCGAACAUUAAACGAGCAACAAUGGUUUUUAGACAGCAGUUGCUUCUUCCGUAGAGUCCUCCCAUGAACACCAUUCUUGGCUAUAGUUUUACUUAUAGUUGAUGUGUGCAUAGUGAUAUUGGACUGUACCAAUGAUUUCUGUAAGCUUUUAGCAAGCACUAUAUGGUUCUUUUUUUACCUCUAUUAUUAUUAUUAUUCUGCGCUGAACUCUUGGCGUUAUCUUUGGUGGACGGCCUCUCCUUGGGAGAAAAGCAACUGUGAGUGUCAAACUCUCUCCAUUUGUAGACAACGUCUCUGAAUUUUGAUUGAUGAACAUCUAGACUUUUAGAGAUGGUUUUGUAUCCCUUCCCAGCUUUAUACAACAAUCCUUGAUCGCAGAUUUUCAGACAGCUCUUUUGACCGAACCGAGCCAUGAUGCACAUCAGACAAUGCUUCUCAUCAAGACAAUUAUUACCAAGUGUGCGUUUUAUAGUGGGCAGGGCAGCUUUAAACUAUUCAUCAGUGAUUUGGACCUGAUUUAAAUUGUUUGGUAAAAAUUGGUUUCAAUUGCUCUUUAAUUCUCCUUAGGCAGAGGGUUCACGUACUUAUUUUUCCCCCUUAUGUCAUUUGACAAAGAUCAGAUCACAUUUGAUGGUGAUUUUAUGCAGAAAUGUGAGAAAUUCCAAAAGGUUCAGAUACUUUUUCAUACCACUGUAUUAUAAUUUGAAUAUUGGAUUAGGAAAGCCCAAGUGGCAUGAAUCGGGCAAACCAAGUAAGUUCUGCUCUAUAAGCAAUCCAAAAUAUACUAACUCAAUUCUGGCAUGCUUCAAAGAGUUUAUUGCCGCGGCAGUUUAUCGCAUCAAAAAGAAGACUGUAUUCCAUUCGCGUUACACAUGACGAGUUGGAUUAAGGCUGAUGUGUGAUGUGAAAGUGUGUGGAGAACAACAAGAAAGCCUUUUGUUCUACUUUGAAAAUAACCAGCUCAGCGUGACCAAUGAAAAUGACACAAUUUGACGUGCUUUAAUUGAAAGAUACAGGCCAGGAGGUUGUUGAAUUGUCUUUUAUUAAAAUGAGGACUACAAAACAAUACAGAGGAAUACCUCCUGACUAAAGUUUCGGACAUAGAAACGUGAAUAUAUAACUACAUCUACCUUUUUAGAAGCAUGAGGCAAUGAAUGUCUAUGAAUGAAUGAAUUUAGUAAAAUAUUCAUGUAGGGCUAUGUUUUUACACUUGAAUCAACUUGUCAAAAUUGGCUAUUUGCACAACACAAGCAGGUUAACCUCACACAUUGUAAAAGAAAAACGGGUAGAGAUUACAUAUGUGUAGGGUUUCUGCUUGUAUCUGUGUAGAGGUUAGCUAUAAGUAAGUGUUGUGGUAUGGUGGUUUUGUAAGAAAAGAAAAUACUACUCAAAAAGUGUUUUGAUGUUUUGUUGAUUAAGUUGUUUUUUUCUUAAAAACAAAUCAAUAAAUCUUUGUGUAUUUCUUUCUUAGUAUGCUUUUUUAAAAAUGAGAACAAUAAUAACUAGAAACUCCAAUGGAGAAAGUCCUGUUGAUAUCACGUCCCAUCCUGUCGAUUUGGGGACAUUUCGGGGACACGUCCUCUUGAUAUCAGGUCACUUUCUUUUGAUUUGGGGAUAUUUCAGGGAGAAGUCCUGUUGAUACCAGGUCACUUAAUGUUGAUUUGGGCACUUUUCAGAAGACUACCUGCUGAUAUUAGAUCACUUCCUGUUGAUUUGGGAACAUUUCAGGGACACGUACUGUUGAUAUUAGGUCACUUCCUGUUAAUCUGGGGACAUUUCGGGGACCCUUCCUGUCAAUACCAGGUCUUUCGUUGAUUCGGGCACACAGUUUUUUUUUUGUUUGGUUUUUUUUUCCAUUGAAAAUGAAUGGGCAAGUUUUUGGCAAAUUUUGGGGGAGUCAUAAGUUUAUGGCAAUUUCUGUAUACAAGUUUUAUGCCCCUUACCGUCCUACAAAUUGUAGGACUAUUACAUUUGAAAAUUUUCUUUAUUGUUUUUCAGGGUCAUUCGAAAAAUUCCCUGCGUCGCGCGAAAAUUCCGUUUUUUAUGUGGCGCGCAGGAGAAACGACAUUCAAAAAAAAAAAAAAAAAAAAUGUAAAAAGGGAAUUUUACUAUCUGGGCUUUUGCCUUGCAAAGCCCCAUCUCAUAUUAAUACAGCUCCAAUAUGAUGAUCAGCUCAUGUAACAAAAAGAAAAAUCAAAUCUGGGCAUCAAUUGAAUAACUAGUUGCAUAUACUUCGGUGCAGACUUAAUUUUUCUUCUACUUUUUAAGGUGAACCAUUUUACCACACAUUGAAAUAGUCGAUUAGUGAUCAUUUGACAUCACAGAGGAGUGCCACACCCCGCAGGAUCCAGUGUUCUGGAGCAAGGGAGGUCUUAAGGUCAACCGCUGCAAUGUAGUUCAAGUCCGUCCUAACUGGCUUUUUGUAGAUUGGACAGGAAUAAAGGCGGCCGUCCUUCGUUCCUGCAGAAUGUGAGGAAAGGUACAUCUAAUUUGAAAAAUAAAUAAAUGAAAGAUGUGAAGGAAAAAAAGUUUCAUCACUGGCAGGCACCUGAUGAAGAUCUCAAUAAUCGUGCCAAAGUACUUAUCCUUGAAUUGCCGUUAUUGCAACAUCAUUUGACGUCAUUGCUUUGAAAUAUAGUGGUACCUCUACAUAAGAAGUUAAUUCGUUCCAAGACCUUGCUUUUAAGUCGAAAUGGUCGCAUGUCGAGCAAGAUUUUCCCAUAAGAAUACAUUACAAUUCUAUUAAUUCGUUCCAUAGCCCGAAAACCUGAAGUAAAUCCUUAAAAUAUACUGCUGGUACUGUUGCAAACAGCAAUUUGUCAUGCCUUGAGUAGAGUUUUGUUAAGAUUUUGCCCUAGUGUGUCUGGUCAUUGUGAUUACCAAUUGAUUUCACCUGUUUUGCCUGCUCCUUGUGUCUCGACCAAUCCGCUCCCUCUUGUAUCAACCACCUGUGUCUUAUUUUCUCGUUACCCCAUGUCUGUGUAGUUAAGCUCGCAGUUUAUGUUCACUUCUUGUUGGGUCAUUGUCAAGCCAUGUGUCUAUCCCAGUGUCUGUAGCUUCGUCCAAGCCCUUGUGCCUGUUUGAGUAAGUUUUGAUCCACAGUCUUUUGUUCUUCUUGAGUUUGGUUUGUACUUUGCCUUUUUGGACUUUUAGUUAUUAUUAAAACCAUUUUGAGAUCACCGCCACCCUGCAUUGCCUCCCUGCAUUUGUUUUCCUACAUUUGGGUCCUCCAUGCCGCUCACCCAUGACACAAUUACAAAGAAUGAAUAAAAAUCGGAAUAAUAAUAUUAUAAUACUACUAAUAAUAAUACCUGUAAUAAUGUAACGGAUUGGGUUCUAAUGGUGCAGAUGUAUUUUUGCAUGGUGUACCUGAACGCAUCGCAUAGCUGAUGCGUCAGAGUGAUGGAAGACUUUUUAUUUUCACUUCACUUGUUCAGUUGCGGGGGACAGUAGGCAUGUUGUGUUGCACAAGUUCUGAAAUAAAUGAUUAAAAAUCUGACAAUUCUGGCAAUUUUUUUGGGCGAUGUUACAAUAAUAAUAAUUGUCACCUUAACUUAAGACUGGCGAACGGAGGAGGACCGCCGAGAUCAUAGACAGUCUACGGCCAUAUUGUUGAGCCAGUUCACGGGAAUCACGGAUGCACACCCCACUCUCAUCUUUUAUCAUUUCCAUUUUCAUUUUAAUGGUAAGCUCAUCUUUUUUACUUUUUUCACCACCUGCACUGACAUUCUUGGAACCAGGUGUCGCGUUAACCGAAAAUUUUCCGUCGUUGACCGGUUUUUUAAAACGGUGACGGAAAAAACUGAAGUCCAUCCAUCAUUUUGACAGGUUGC